AUGGCCAAUCCCCGGUGAGUGGGUAUGCACCGAACACAACAAGGUCAUCAUCAUCGUCACCGUGUACUCUCUGGUCAACAACAACAGAACAAGAUCGCGGCUUCCUCAAUGAUUCAAGCUGAACCCCAGCGUGUACCACAGGAAGGAGACAUCGUAAUCAGGUUUGCCGGAAGAAAUGCUGCGGAAGCUGACCUCGGUGAGCUUAUCGAGCGGUACUGGUACGACGUCCGCUUCCAGUUCUUCAUCGAGGGUCGCAAGUCCACCACUUACUGCAUCAGCGCCGAGCAGGCACCCACCGUCCGCCUGCAGCAGCUCAGGCUCAUCGACAUCGCCAAGGGGCACUACGAGGCCUCGUUGCUAGUCUUGGCGUCCAAGGACCUCCCGGAGCUGCAGUUGGAGACCUGCGAGCAACCCAAGCUUUUCCUGACGAUCAAACUCAAGUGCGAAGUCCUAGACUGGAAGACACCACCGACGAAAGUGCGCAAGGGCAUCUCCUGCAUCGGCUACGUAAUUGAAGAAGACGAAGAGUUCCACUACGGAGACUUCUAAUGACCACUGGAUCAUCAUGUAAUCACUCCUGAUGUUCAUAAAACUGCUCGACAGCAGUGUGACUCGUCAGAUUUUGCGGUGACAAGCUGUC